AAUUUUAAAUCAAAAAUAAAAUUCAGUAAGAUAAUAACAAUAAAAAAAAUGGGAUCAUUGAGAACAGAGACUAGUGAUAGCUAUACUCCUAAUGAAGAUAUAUUUAAAAUCAAUUAUGAAGAAAAGGGUUAUAUGGUUUUGCUAGAAAUUAAUAAUCAAAAAUUAUAAAUAACAAUAAUGCUAGAAGAACUUUGCUAAUUUAAGUGGAUGAAAUAAUUUACGCUUGAAGAGCUUUAAAAUAUAAACAAGAUAUUUAAUAUGUUUGAUGAUGUAGAAUAAUCAUUCUAACCAUUCUAAAAGUGGUUUAAAUCUUAUAUUUAAAAUUUAAAAAUCAAAGGUAAUAGUAUGUAUGUGACAUUCAAUUUUGAGUUAGAUCAGACUUUCUAAGUUUAAUUUAUAAUCUAACUUAAUUAAUGUGACUUAAAUUGGAAUGAAAUUAUUUCUCAGUUAAGCUAAAAAAUUGUCAACCUUGAGAAAAAAUCUGAACAUCAAAAAGAUUUAUUGGAAAAAUUUUAAUAAUAAUCUAAUAAGGAAAUAGAAUAAUUUAAGGAAAGUCACUUAUUUCAAGUUUAAUAGGUGCAUUAAAAUUUGUAAAAAUAAUUACAAGAAUACCAAUAAGAUUCAAGUACCUAGAUUAAUUUAUUGAAAAAUGAAAUUACUUUGCUCAAACCAAAAUAGAAAUUUAGCAAAAUUCUAUAUGUAGAUGAAAUUGAAAUGAUAAAAAACUGGAUUAACAAAGAUAAUACCUAAAUGAACUUAGAGCUUAUAUAUAGAGCAAGCGAGCAUGGAUUUACAAUCUAAAAAUUAUAUGAAAGAUGUGUUAAUAGAACUCCUUUAAUUUUAGUUGUUAAAACAACUUUGAAAAAAAGAUUUGGUUUUUAUACUGAUCAAGCAAUUAAAGACUAUGGAGGCUAAUAUCUUACUCAAAAUCCUAAUAAUCUUUUUAUUUUUUCUCUAGAUUUGAAAUAAAAAUACACAUCAAAUGACUCUAAUAACUCUAAUGCAUUUUAUUCAAAUAGCGGCCAUUUGGCUCUGGGUGGUGGUCAUGAUUUUGCUUUAUAUUCAAACUCUAUUGAUAAUGCAAGUUCAUAUAACGCUUUUAGCGGUUAUGGUAAAAACUAAGGAGUAUCAGGACGUGGUAUUUUAACAGGAGGAGCUUAGAAUUUUACAACAAUAGAAAUUGAAAUAUUCUAAAUAAAAAGAAUAUGA